UUUCCCUCCAAAACCCUAAUCCCCCAUUCUCUUAAUCUCUCUCAGAUCCUCUCUCUCUCUCUCUCUCUCACUCUCUUUCUCAGUUAUGAAGAACCUCGAUUUCUCCGGUGACAAAGCGCUCGCUAAAGAUUUCUUGACAAACUUCGCUGACUCCCUCGGCGAGCCAAAGUACCUCAAGAUCCUGCAAGAUGUGGCUAAUCAGAAGUUUCGUUCGGUUACUAUCGAGAUCGAUGAUCUCUUCAAUUAUAAGGAUUUGGAGGAAGAAUUCUUGAUUCGGGUCACUGAGAACACUAGGCGGUACAUCAGCAUCUUUGCUGAAGCAGUGGAUGAGCUCAUGCCGGAGCCGACAGAGGUGUUCUCUUUGGAUGAGGACCAUGACAUCUUGAUGACACAAAGAGCGGAUGAUGGGACAGACAAUGCUGACAACUCUGAUCCCCACCAAAAGAUGCCUCCCGAGAUCAAGAGAUUCUACGAAGUGUACAUUAAAGCCUUCUCUAAGGCGACACCACUGACAAUAAGACAAGUUAAAGCUUCCAAUAUUGGCCAGCUUGUGAAGAUUUCUGGCAUUGUAACCCGCUGUUCAGAUGUGAAGCCCUUGAUGCAAGUUGCUGUUUAUACUUGUGAAGAUUGCGGGUUUGAGAUCUAUCAGGAAGUGACUGCUCGUGUAUUUAUGCCUCUGUUCGAGUGUCCAUCAGUCCGCUGUAAUGUAAACAGGAGCAAGGGAAAUCUUAUUCUUCAACUUAGAGCUUCAAAAUUUUUGAAAUUUCAGGAGGCAAAGAUCCAAGAGUUAGCAGAACAUGUCCCUAAAGGUCAUAUUCCACGUUCUUUGACUGUUCAUCUCAGAGGAGAACUUACCAGGAAGGUUGCACCUGGUGAUAUUGUUGAAUUCUCGGGGAUUUUUCUUCCCAUCCCUUACACUGGAUUUAGAGCAAUGAGAGCAGGUUUGGUUGCAGAUACAUAUUUGGAGGCCAUGUCCAUUACUCAUUUCAAGAAAAAAUAUGAAGAAUAUGAACUUAAAGAUGAUGAGCAGGAGCAAAUUGAACGUUUAGCUGGGGAUGGUGACAUUUAUAAUAAGUUGUCACGGUCAUUAGCACCUGAAAUUUUUGGCCAUGAAGAUGUUAAGAAGGCUCUUCUACUACUACUUGUGGGUGCUCCACAUCGGAAACUAUCGGAUGGUAUGAAGAUAAGAGGAGACCUGCAUAUUUGUUUAAUGGGUGAUCCAGGAGUUGCAAAAAGUCAACUGCUGAAACAUAUAAUCAAUGUUGCACCGAGGGGAGUGUAUACCACUGGUCGAGGAAGCAGCGGAGUUGGUCUUACUGCAGCUGUUCAGAGAGAUCCUGUCACAAGCGAAAUGGUUCUUGAAGGAGGGGCUCUGGUGUUGGCUGAUAUGGGUAUUUGUGCAAUUGAUGAAUUUGAUAAGAUGGAAGAAUCAGAUCGAACAGCAAUACAUGAAGUGAUGGAGCAACAAACUGUCAGUAUAGCAAAGGCUGGGAUUACAACCUCUCUUAAUGCAAGAACUGCAGUACUGGCUGCUGCUAAUCCUGCUUGGGGUAGAUAUGAUCUAAGGAGGACUCCAGCCGAAAAUAUUAACCUUCCUCCAGCCCUUCUGUCACGUUUUGACCUUCUAUGGCUAAUUCUGGACCGUGCAGAUAUGGAUAGCGAUCUUGAAUUGGCGAGACAUGUUCUCCAUGUGCAUCAGAAUCUGGAAUCUCCUUCACUUGGAUUUGCACCACUUGAACCGUCUGUUCUUAGAGCGUAUAUUUCAGCAGCACGAAGAGUAUCUCCUUCUGUACCAAGGGAGCUAGAGGAGUAUAUCUCUACUGCAUACUCAAGCAUUCGCCAGGAUGAAGCUAAAUCAAAUGCCCCACACUCAUAUACAACUGUCAGAACACUUCUUAGCAUUCUUCGCAUAUCUAUUGCUCUAGCAAGGCUUAGAUUUUCAGCAGCAGUUGGCCAGAGUGAUGUGGAUGAGGCUUUGCGGUUGAUGCAAAUGUCAAAGUUUUCUCUAUACUCCGAUGAUCGUCAAAGAUCUGGAUUGGAUGCCAUAUCCGAUAUCUAUUCAAUUUUGCGAGAUGAAGCUGCGAGGACAAACAUCAUGGAUGUGAGCUAUGCCCAUGCUCUCAACUGGAUAUCCAGAAAGGGAUAUAGUGAAGCUCAGCUGAAGGAAUGCUUAGAAGAAUACGCUGCCCUAAAUGUGUGGCAAAUCCACCCGAACACCUUCGACAUUCGUUUCAUUGAUGCCUAAUAUUGAGACACCUUGUAAGAUGACAGCUAUUUAUUCUCUACUACUAAUCUGGAUUGAGAAACUCGAGGAAUCUUUGUUCUUCUGAGCCCAUUAGUUUCAUCAUUCUGAUGCUGAAGGAUCACAAGAAUCAAAAAUCUUCAAGGCAGCAAUACUGGAUUCUCUUUGUUGUGUUGCUGUAACAACCGAAAUGUGAGAUUUGGUGAGCUCCUGCAUUACAAUGUACCUGAUAUUGAGGUGAAUCUUGAAUUUUACAUGAACUUCAUGGCUAUUUAAGUACAUAAUGCUUACUAACUUUGUUGCGUGAUGGUAAUGUUUUGUACCUGAAAAUUUGAACAUUUUGAUGAACUGUGGUCUUUGAUUUGUCUUAGAAAGUUCACCUUCCCUGA